AUGGUAUCUGUUGAUUCACGGCCUCCCCGUCCCAAUACCCCUCGAGCACCAGGGACACUCAGGUUCCUUGUGAUCGGUGCUGGCUCACGCGGCAACGCCUACGCUCGAGCCGUGACGAAUGCCACCGAAACAGUCAUCCAUGCAGUCGCAGAGCCAGAUCCACAUCGUCGCGCGGUAUUUGGCAAAAAGUACAUUUGGGGUACCCAAGGCCCCGCGCCGGGCCAGGAGUUCAAUGACUGGAAAGACUGGCUGGAAUGGGAGACGGCGCGCCGUGAGGAGGGAGGAGAUGGAGCUCCAGCCGCAGGAGUUGACGGAGUGUUCAUCUGCACGCUUGAUGAUAUGCAUGUCGAGAUUCUGAAAGCGAUCGCCCCCUUGAACCUGCAUGUCAUGUGCGAAAAGCCACUGGCGCCGUCGCUGGGCGAAUGCAUCGAUGUGUGGGAGACGAUGAAGACUGCGUCGCCAGUUCCGGAGAAGAUAUUUGCAAUCGGACAUGUGCUACGGUAUAGCCCGCAUAACAUCUACCUUCGGAAGCUGCUUCUACAGGACCGCGCCAUUGGAGAUAUCGUCUCGAUUGAACAUACAGAACCGGUGGGAUGGUCGCACUUUUCUCACAGCUAUGUGCGAGGAAACUGGCGGCGCGAGACUGCAGGCAAGGAUGGGAGUCUCCUUACAAAAUGCUGUCAUGAUAUCGACUUUCUCCUCUGGCUGUUGUGCUCGCCUCCUGCAGACUCGGAGCCAGGCCACCCUUAUCAUCUCCCCAAGUCAAUCUCAUCAAUGGGGGCGCUGUCUCAGUUUACUCGAAGCCGCAAGCCUGUCGCCGCAGGUGACGCGACCAACUGUCUCUCUUGCCCUAUCGCUACGAGUUGCCAGUACAAUGCAGUUAAAAUCUACGACGACAUGUGCCUCAGCCAGGGCCACACUGGCUGGCCGGUAAAAAUCGUUUGUCCCGACAUUGAAGAAGUGGUUCGAACGUCGGGGGUGGAAGCCGCCAGACAACGGCUCUACAAAUCAUUGUCAGAGGAUUACGACUCGCAAAGCACUCCCGACGAUGUAAUCGCUUCCCGUCCCUGGUACGGUCGGUGCGUCUGGGAGUCGGACAACGACGUCUGCGACGACCAAGUCGUCACCAUGCAAUGGAACGAGAGCAAAGAUUCGUCGCGGUUUAGCAACCUCGGCGCAAAGACCGCAAUUCUGCACAUGAUCGCACCCACGGAGAAGCAGUGUGAGCGUCGCGGUCGCGUGUACGGCACAUUAGGCGAGGUUUCCUACGACAGUAAAACCAUAACGGUCACUACUUUUAGCACGGGUCAGACGCGGACGACGCAGAUUGCCGAGCCACCACCGGAGGAAAAGGAGUCCCACGGCGGCGGAGAUUAUGGGUUGACCAGGGCUUUUGUAAAAGCUGUCCAUGCGGUGGAAUCGGGCGGAUGGAGCGUGCAGAAAGCUCAGGUCGAGUUCUUGGGAGUCACUUUUGAGGAAGUGAUACGGAGUCAUGCGAUGGUGUUUGCGGCAGAAGAGGCGAGGCGAGAAGUAAAGGUGAUCUGGUGGGAUGAGUGGUGGAGGGAGAAGUUCGCUUCUACUGACGCUUGA